GAGGCGCCCCAGGGCGGGAGCGGUCCUCAUGCCGGAGGCCGGGGGCAGCUGUCCCUGGGGCCCCAGGAUGGUUGCGUCAGGCUCGGGGUCUGGCCUGUGCCGGGGCGAGAUCGAAUUUGGAGGGUCUGGGAAGAAGCGAGGCAAGUUCGUGAAGGUGCCCAGCGAUGUGGCCCCCUCCGAGCUCUUCAACGUCCUGCUGGCCGAGUGGCACCUGCCUGCCCCCAACCUCGUGGUGUCCCUGGUGGGUGAGGAGCAUCCGUUCGCCAUGAAGCCCUGGCUGCGGGAUGUCCUGCGCAAGGGGCUGGUGAAGGCGGCCCAGAGCACAGGGGCCUGGAUCCUGACCAGCGCGCUUCGCGUGGGCCUUGCCCGGUACGUUGGACAGGCCGUGCGUGACCACUCGCUGGCCAGCACGUCCACGCGGGCCCGCGUGGUGGCCAUUGGCCUUGCCUCGCUGGGCCGCGUCCUGCAUCGUCAGCUUCUGGACAAUGCCCAGGAGCACAGCCCUGUCCACUACCCCGCGGACGAGGGCAGCGGCCGGGGCCCCCUCUGCUCCCUGGACAACAACCAGGCGCACUUCAUCCUGGUGGAGCCGGGGCCGAGCGGGACGGGGGACGAGCUGAUGGAGCUGAGGCUCAAGCUGGAGAAGCACAUUUCGGAGCAGAGGACCGGCUAUGGGGGCACUGGCAGCAUCGAGAUCCCCGUCCUCUGUCUGCUGGUCAAUGGUGACCCCAGCACCCUGGAGAGGAUCUCCAGGGCCGUGGAGCACGCUGCCCCGUGGCUGGUCCUGGCAGGCUCAGGAGGCAUCGCGGACGUGCUGGCUGCCUUGAUGAACCAGCCCCACCUCCUGGUGCCCCAGGUGGCCGAGAAACAAUUUAAAGAGAAGUUUCCGGGUGAACAUUUCUGCUGGGAGGACAUCGUACACUGGACCGAGCUGCUGCAGAACAUCACCUCCCACCCGCAUCUGCUCACCGUGCACGACUUCGAGCAGGAGGGCACCGAGGAGCUGGACACUGUCAUCCUUAAAGCGCUGGUGAAAGCCUGCAAGAGCCACAGCCAGGAGGCGCAGGACUACCUGGACGAGCUCAAGCUGGCCGUGGCCUGGGACCGCGUGGACAUCGCCAGGAGUGAGAUCUUCAAUGGGGACGUGGAGUGGAAGUCCUGUGACCUGGAGGAGGUGAUGACGGACGCGCUGGUGAGUGACAAGCCCGAGUUCGUGCGUCUCUUCGUGGACAACGGCGCCGACGUGGGGGACUUCCUGACCUACGGGCGGCUGCAGCAGCUGUACCGCUCCACGCCCCCCAAGAGCCUGCUGUUCGACCUGCUGCAGCGCAAGCACGAGGAGGGCCGGCUGACCCUGGCCGGCCUGGGCGCCCAGCAGGCCCGCGAGCCGCCCACGGGCCUGCCCGCCUUCUCCCUGCACGAGGUCUCCCGCCUGCUCAAGGACUUCCUGCACGACGCCUGUCGCGGGCUCUACCAGGAGGAGCGGGGACCGGCCAGGCGGCCCGAGGGCCGGAAGUGGCUGCUGGAUCUGAACCGGAAGAGCGAGAACCCCUGGCGGGACCUGUUCCUCUGGGCCGUGCUGCAGAACCGCCACGAGAUGGCCACCUACUUCUGGGCCAUGGGCCAGGAGGGGGUGGCCGCUGCUCUGGCCGCCUGCAAGAUCCUCAGAGAGAUGUCGCACCUGGAGACCGGGGCGGGGGUGCGCCGCCCGGUGAGGGAGGCCAAGUACGAGCAGCUAGCCCUGGGCCUCUUCUCCGAGUGCUACGGCAAUAGCGAGGACCGCGCAUUUGCCCUGCUGGUGCGCAGAAACCGCGGCUGGAGCAGGGCCACCUGUCUGCACCUGGCCACCGAGGCCGACACCAAGGCCUUCUUCGCCCAUGACGGGGUGCAGGCUUUCCUGACCAAGAUCUGGUGGGGGGACAUGGCGUCGGGCACGCCCAUCCUGCGGCUGCUGUGUGCCUUCCUCUGCCCAGCCCUCAUCUACACCAACUUCAUCACCUUCAGUGAGGAGGCCCCGCUGAGGACGGGCCCCGAGGGCCUCCAGGAGCUGGACAGCCUGGACACGGAGAAGAGCCUGCUCUGCAGCCCGGGCAGCGGGCCGGAGGAGCUGGCCGAGACACCAAGGGCUCAGGGAGACCCAGGACCCCGUGCUGCCUUCCUGCUCACUCGCUGGCGCAUGUUUUGGGGCGCGCCUGUGACCGUGUUCCUGGGGAACGUGGUCAUGUACUUUGCAUUCCUCUUCCUGUUCGCCUACGUCCUGCUGGUCGACUUCAGGCCGCCUCCUCAGGGGCCGUCUGGGCCUGAGGUCACCCUGUACUUCUGGGUCUUUACUCUGGUGCUGGAAGAGAUCCGGCAGGGAUUCUUCUCAGACGAGGACACACAUCUGGUGAAAAAGUUCACGCUCUACGUGGAAGAUAACUGGAACAAGUGUGACAUGGUGGCCAUCUUUCUGUUCAUUGUUGGUGUCACCUGCAGGAUGGUGCCCUCGAUGUUCGAGGCGGGCCGCACGGUCCUGGCCGUCGACUUCAUGGUGUUCACGCUCCGACUCAUCCACAUCUUUGCCGUCCACAAGCAGCUGGGCCCCAAGAUCAUCAUCGUGGAGCGCAUGAUGAAGGACGUCUUUUUCUUCCUCUUCUUCCUGAGCGUGUGGCUUGUGGCCUACGGCGUGACCACGCAGGCGCUGCUGCACCCCCACGACGGGCGCCUGGAGUGGGUCUUCCGCCGCGUGUUCUACCGGCCCUACCUGCAGAUCUUCGGGCAAAUCCCGCUGGACGAGAUCGAUGAAGCCCGCGUGAACUGCUCGCUGCACCCCCUGCUAGAGGAGGGCUCUCCCUCCUGCCCCAACCUCUACGCCAACUGGCUGGUCAUCCUCCUGCUGGUCACCUUCCUGCUCGUCACCAACGUGCUGCUCAUGAACCUGCUGAUCGCCAUGUUCAGCUACACGUUCCAGGUGGUGCAGGGCAACGCGGACACGUUCUGGAAGUUCCAGCGCUACCACCUCAUCGUGGAGUACCACCAGCGCCCUGCCCUGGCGCCGCCCUUCAUCGUCCUCAGCCACCUGAGCCUGCUGCUCAAGAGGCUGCUCAGGAAGGGGGCCGCGCAGAAGCAGGCACACCUGGGGAGAGACCUGCCGGAGCCCCUGGACCAGAAGAUGGUCACAUGGGAGGCGGUGCAGAAGGAGAACUACCUGGGCAAGCUGGAGAAGCAAAGGAAGGGCAGCAAGGAGGAGGUGCUGCGAAAAACCGCCCACAGGGUGGACUCUGUAGCCCAGCACCUCGGGGGGCUGAGGGAGCAAGAAAGGCGCAUCAAGCGCUUGGAAUCCCAGGUUGACUACUGCACGGUGCUCCUGUCCUCCAUAGCCCAGAGCGGCGCCAACUGGAACUCCCAGAUCUCUAAAGGUGGACGCCAGCAAGCCGAUGCUGACCACCAAGGGGCUGCAGACAGCAGCGAGUGCCCAGAGGCCGGCCAGCGGCUCUCAGACACCUGA